AUGCUUGCCUCUAGACAGCUUCUGGGCAAUGUGGCCCGCAGCCGCGCCUUUACUGGCACCGCUGCCGGCAUCCGUCGCCUCGCCACGGUAUCCGACUCUCCCUUAGACAGAAAGGUUCGCCAGAAUAAUUGGGAAGAGAGCAACUUCAUCAACUACAAGAAAAUGUCCGAGAACCUCGCUAUAGUUCGUGGCCGUCUUAACCGACCGCUAAACUACGCUGAGAAGAUCCUCUACUCUCAUUUGGAUGACCCCCAUGGCCAGGAAAUUGAGCGUGGCAAAUCGUAUCUCAAGCUUCGUCCCGAUCGCGUUGCUUGUCAAGAUGCCACCGCGCAGAUGGCCAUUCUGCAGUUCAUGUCCGCUGGAAUGGACGCUGUUGCGAACCCUAGCACUGUUCACUGCGAUCACUUGAUUGAGGCCCAAGUAGGCGGCAGCAAGGAUCUGGCUCGCGCGAUCAGCAUCAACAAGGAGGUUUACGACUUCCUAUCGAGCGCCUGCGCGAAGUAUAACAUUGGGUUCUGGAAGCCCGGCUCCGGUAUUAUCCACCAGAUUAUUCUGGAGAAUUAUGCCUUCCCCGGCGGGCUUCUCAUCGGUACCGACUCCCACACCCCCAACGGCGGCGGUCUUGGUAUGGCUGCUAUCGGUGUUGGUGGUGCUGACGCCGUUGAUGUCAUGGCCAACCUGCCUUGGGAGUUGAAAGCCCCGAAGGUUAUCGGCGUUAAGCUGACGGGCGAGCUUUCCGGCUGGACAUCGCCCAAGGAUAUCAUUCUCAAGGUCGCCGACAUUCUUACUGUGAAGGGGGGCACCGGUGCCAUCGUCGAGUACCACGGCCCUGGUGUUGACAACAUCUCGUGCACCGGCAUGGCGACUAUUUGUAACAUGGGUGCCGAAAUCGGUGCGACUACCUCUGUUUUCCCCUUCAACGAUCGCAUGUACGACUAUCUUGUUGCCACCAAGCGCAAGGACAUUGGCGACUUCGCUCGCGUCUACGCGAAGGAGCUCCGCGAAGAUGAGGGCGCCGAGUACGAUCAGCUCAUUGAGCUCAAUCUCUCUGAACUCGAGCCUCACAUCAACGGUCCAUUCACUCCCGACCUGGGAACUCCCAUCUCAAAAUUCAGCCAGGCUGUUAAGGAGAAUGGCUGGCCUGAGGAGCUCAGGGUCGGUCUGAUUGGCUCUUGCACCAACUCUUCCUACGAAGACAUGUCCCGCGCUGCGUCUAUCGCUCGUGAUGCUCUUGACCACGGAAUCAAGGCCAAGGCUGCUUUCACCGUCACCCCUGGAUCUGAACAAAUUCGUGCCACCAUCGCCCGCGACGGUCAGCUUCAGACAUUUGAGGAGUUCGGUGGCAUUGUUCUUGCUAACGCUUGCGGUCCUUGCAUUGGUCAGUGGGAUCGUACCGACGUCAAGAAAGGUGAAGCCAAUUCCAUCUUGUCUUCUUACAACCGUAACUUUACCGGUAGAAAUGACGGAAAUCCUGCAACUCACUCCUUCGUCACAUCUCCUGACCUCGUCGUUGCUCUCACUAUCGCUGGCUCUCUCCACUUCAACCCUUUGACCGACAAGCUGAAAGAUAAGGAUGGCAAUGAAUUCAUGCUGAAACCUCCCACCGGGAACGGUCUCCCCACUGAUGGCUAUGACCCUGGCAACAACACUUACCAGGCCCCUCCCAAGGACCGCUCUACUGUCAACGUCCAGGUCGCCCCUACCUCGGAUCGUCUCCAAGUUCUCGAGCCUUUCCAGCCUUGGGAUGGCAAGGAUGCCAAGGAUAUACCCAUUCUUAUCAAGGCCCAGGGAAAGACCACUACCGAUCACAUCUCCAUGGCUGGUCCCUGGCUGAAGUACCGUGGCCAUCUUGACAACAUCUCCAACAACAUGUUGAUUGGCGCCAUCAAUGAGGCCAACGGUGAGGCCAACAAGAUCAAAAAUUUCACUACAGGUGAUUGGGAUGCCGUGCCCGCCGUCGCCCGUGAUUACAAGAAGAAGGGCAUCAAGUGGGUCGUUGUUGGUGAUUGGAACUAUGGCGAGGGUAGUUCGCGUGAGCAUGCUGCCCUUGAGCCCCGCCACCUCGGUGGCCUGGCCAUCGUCACUCGAAGCUUUGCCCGUAUCCACGAGACCAACCUGAAGAAGCAGGGCAUGCUUCCCCUCACCUUCGCCGACCCCGCUGACUAUGACAAGAUUAAGCCUGAUGACAAGGUUGAUAUCCUUGCUACCCAGCUUGCUGUCGGCAAGCCCAUCACCAUGGUGGUCCAUCCCAAGGACGGCAAGUCCUUCGAGAUCAGCCUACAGCAUACCUUCAACGAGGCCCAGAUCGAGUGGUUCAAGAAUGGCAGUGCUCUGAAUACAAUGGCCGCUGCCGCUCGCCAAUAA